AUGGAGAAGAACAGUGCCAACGAAACGGCCGAACUCAUCUUUCAGGUUCGUUUCCACAGUAGUUUUUAAUUUUGCACAGUGCGGACAAAGCAGUUUUAUUUGUGCACUGUGCGAAAAAUUAUGAGAAUUUUUCGGGCCCGCACUGUGCGUUUUUCUGAUCCUUCCGGAAAGUCGGCGGACUGAUUUUUGGCAUUUGCACUGUGCGAAAAAGUCAGGGAGCGAGCGACAGACCAAAAAAGUCUAUUGCACCGUGCAAAAAGUAAGAAAUUGCACAGUGCAAAGUGAAUUUUCGUUUUCGCACAGUGCAUGUCGCCUGACUGAGUUUUGGGGAUUGCACUGUGCGAAAAAAAUCGGGGUGCGAGCGGCAGCCCAAAAAAGUCUAUUGCACGGUGCAAAAAACAAAAAUUGCACAGUGCAAAGUGAAUUUUCGUUUUCGCACAGUGCAUGUCGCUGAUUUCGGCGACUCUCCGGGAGGACUAGUGAUUUCCACCGCACAGUGCAGUCGAAUCAAAAAAAAUUUUCAGGCGAUCCAUUACCGUAAUGCGGAUUUGCUGACGGAUUUGACCAGUGCCAAUCAGUCAAUUUUGGGUCAUAUUCGAGCGUCGGACGGCCGGACUCCCCUUCAUUUCGCGGCCGCCCAUGGCGUCGAUGAUUGUGUUCGAGUUCUCUGCGAUUACGGUAGGUUACUGUAAUAAAAUUUUUAUAAUUUUUUGGGUCUAAAAUUAAUUGUAAUGACUUUUUAGUGGAUGUGGACGCGGUAACAUCGGUGGAUGAGGGCCUAAAAACAGCGCUAUUGCUGGCCGCGCAAGCCGGUCACGUCGAAACGGUCCGAAUUUUGAUUCAACAAGGCGCGGAUCCGUUCUUCUGCGAUGCCAACGGCUACUCGGCCCUCCAAUUGGCCCAUUUGAACAAUCAUGGACGUGUGGCGGAGGUGCUUUUCGAAAGUAUUGGUAAGAAAAAAUCGAAAAACAUAAAAAAUCUUUAGAUAAUAUAAAAAAAGAGUCGGAAAGACUGAAUAAAGAGCUCUGUUCGGCAAUUGAAGGCAAUAAUUUCGAUCGGGUCUUGGAUUUACUGGCUCAAUCCACCAAUUUCACUCAACGAGACAUAUUGGCCAGCGGGAAAAACGGGGAAAAGGCACCGUUGUACAUGUGAGUUUAUAUAAUUUUUUAUUAAAUUUGCGAUUUCAGCCCAUUAAAAAUCGCUUUUACCGUAAAAAAAUUUAAAAAAUCGUUUUAGAGCCUGCGAAAAAGGAUUUUCCGGAAUAAUUGGAGCUCUGUUGUCCCUCGAAUCCAAUCCUCUAGUCGAUCCACCGACUGGAAACACUCUUCUGCACGCCGUCAUCCAAUCAGGAGAUUUGGAAUCCACAAAACUUGUCCUAGAACAAUACGGGGAGCAGAUGGAUGUCAUCAACAACUCCAAAGAACUCCCGUUUCAUUUCGCUUGCAGUCAUGGGAAUGUGGAAAUUGUGAAAUUGUAAGAUUUACUGCGUGAUUCCACAGUUUAUACUGUUAGCAUUUUCACAAAGUGCCUGACGUUUUUUCGCUUUCGCACAGUGCAUCUUGAAUUUUUUCCCACGCUCGUCGCCAACGCACAGUGCAUUUUGACUUUUCGCACAGUGCAUUUUUUCUUUCGCACAGUGCAUUUUGAAUUUUUCACACGCUUGUCGCCAACGCACAGUGCAUUUUCACUUGGAUGUUUGCCUUUGCGCACCGUGCAAAACUCGAAAAAGCCGAUUGCACUGUGCACAUUUUUGAGCCAAAUCGCAGCGGCGCAGUUGGGAAAAGCUUACGUCGCAGCGAUAUUUCAAAUGCACAGUGCAAAAACCAGAAAAAAAUGAGAUUUUCAUCGCAUGUUUUGGUUUUGUUGCACGGUGCGGCCUUUAUGGUAAUUUUUUGCACUGUGCGAAGCUGAAUUUUUUGCACUGUGCAAUUUUUUUUGCUUUUUUCCGCUGCACUGUGCAAAAUUUUUUUUUGGUUUUGGUCAGUAUUCUUUUGGAAUUUCCAGACUUCUCUCCUUCGAUUAUCGUCCAAGCCUCCUGAAUCUGUUCGAAAAGACAGUCAACGGCUGGUCCUACGAGUUUGUUUGCGAUCUGAACGCCUCCGACUCGCAUUGCCGGACCUCUUUCCAUCUGGCCGUCGAGAAUGGCCAUGAACAAGUCGUGGAGGCUCUUCUGGAGGUAGGUUUAGGCCUCUGACCUCGUAUAUUUUUUUCCCAAAUUCAGUUCAAAACGCAAUUGUAUCGCCAAAACGAGGUGGGCAACAUUGAGCCGGCUCAAAUGGGGUCCCCUUUUUUGUUGGACACCUACGCCGUGAAUGGUCGGACCCCGCUGAUGACUGCUGUUUGCAAUCAAAAUGAGGACAUUGUGGAGUAAGUCGGAACUGGGACGAUUGGGGAAAAAGACGAUUGGGGAAAGGGACGAUUGGGGAAAAAGACGAUUGGGGAAAAGUACGAUUGGGGAAACCGAAAAGUAUUAUUUUCUUCGAUGCAAAUGUCGAAAUUAGGAUAAUCGAGGGUGCUGAUUUCAAAAAUCACAUUCAUUUUUUUGAUUGUUACUUUUUUUCUUAAGUAGUACUGUAAAGUAGUAAUUUUUUGAAUAUUUAUUAUAAAUACUUGAUUUAGGGGUUUUCGAGGGUGCUGAUUUCGAAAAUCGUGUUAGCUUUCUUCUUUAUAGUACUAUCUGGUACUAUAUAGCACGAGGUGAAAAUAUGGCUUUUGGCGUUAAUGGUGUUGUUUUGAUGCUUGGUGCUCCUCAAAAACACGUUUUAAAUAACUGGUACUGUUUAGUACUGUCUGGUACUAUGUAGUACAAGGUGUAAAUAGGAGUACUAAGGAACAGAACAACACCACUAACCCCUAAGGGCCAAAUUUUUACCUUGUACUACAUAGUACUACAUAGUACCAGACAGUACUAAACAGUACCAAUUAUUUAAAACGUGUUUUUGAGGAGUACCAAGCAUCAAAACAACACCAUUAACGCCAAAAGCCAUAUUUUCACCUCGUACUAUAUAGUACCAGAUAGUACUAUAAAGAAGAAAGCUAACACGAUUUUCGAAAUCAGCACCCUCGAAAACCCCUAAAUCGAGUAUUUAUGAUAAAAAUUCAAAAAAGUACUACUUUACAGUACUACUUAAGAAAAAAACUUACAAUCAAAAAAAAUGAAUGUCAUUUUCGAAAUCAGCACCCUCGAUUAUCCUAAUUUCGACAUUUGCAUCGAAGAAAAUAAUACUUUUCGGUUUCCCCAAUCGUACUUUUCCCCAAUCGUCUUUUUCCCCAAUCGUCCAACUCCGGAGUAAGUCGGAUGAAUUCCACUUUUUCGAUGGAGUUGUUUGUAAAUUUUAGACGAUUUAUGGCGAAAAAAUGAUCUAAAAGUUAUAAGUUAACCUUCGAUCAGUUGUAAUUUGCCUCUAAAAUUGACAGGGGAAGUACUCCAAGUGCGACGCUCAGAUUUUCUUUAAAUUUUGCACACACGUCGGAUAUGGACUAAAUAUCAAUUCCUGAAAGUUUUAGCUCGCGCUUUGCGGGCACCGCCGAGAUAUGGAACGAUUUUUGCCGCCGAGAGAGCACGCUAAACGUGGAGAGCGGUCAGAGAGAAAACACCUUUUUGGCCAUAACUUUGGCAGUUUCGAGCGGAAAAGUUUGAUUUUUUGUAGAAACAUUAUCCUUCACGUUAGAAAUAGGCAUGAAACUUUUUGUGCUGAAAUUCGGCAAAAAGUCCAAAAUUUUGGCCGACUUUCGGUCUAAAAAUCUCGGUUGUUUCUGGAAAGCGCGAGCUAGAAUUCUCGCAUAUAUCUUAGAAAAAAUUAUUCUAAAUUUGUGCCAAGUUUCAUCAAAAUCUGAGCGUCGCAGUUGGAGUACUUCUGAGUUAAAAUCAGAAAAUUAUAUUGUACAUGAUGACAAAGAUUCCCCCCCAAAUUCGUCGAAUAAAGACCCAAUUUGAGACAAAAAUUAUUCCAAACCCCAAAAACAUGAACGAUCUUCUCUUCUCAUACAAAACCGAGGCCCAUCGCGCCUCUAUUUUUUUAUUUGGCCAUCAUUAUUUCCGGCCGCAACGAACCGAAAUCCCCGCUUUUUUCGUUUCCAUUUGUAAUCUUUGAUGUGAAACUUGAGCUGAAUGCUUAUUCCCUCCGCCACAAGCUGUUUUCGCCGCGAAAAUUGAAUGCUGAGUGUGCAUAGUCUGGUGCAAAGGGUAAAGUAAGCAAAAAUUUGACGAAAAAGGUCAGGAUUUUCGCAGAAAUGUCGGAAAAACUGGAUUUCUGAUGCAGUUUUUUGCUGUUUUCAGAGUUCUCCUCGAAAAUGGAGCGGAUGUGAACCUCCCCAUCGCCAUCACCGACCUGGAAAUUGCCAAUCUUCGAGCCGAUGAGGCCCGUUGCAUCGGCUCCGGGGCUCUCAUCGAAGCCGCACAAUGCAAAAAUGUGGAGCUGGUGAAGAGGCUGUUCUUUCACGGAGCCGUGGACUAUGAUAAUCAAGCUCUACGGUGAGUUCUUGGCCAUUUUUUGGGGGCUUUUAAAAUUUAUAGUUUUGAUCUAGUAUAUCGGAAAAAUUUAAUUUUGAGGGGGAAAACUGGAUUUUUGAUUUGAAAACGUAUGAUAGUUGAGAAAAGGAUGUCGCAGAAGGUAUAAAAUAAUGUAUUGUAGAGGUAUACACAAUGAUUUUUUUGUUUUAUGAUCGAUUUUUGCGAAUUUACCCGAAAUUUUUUGUAAAAAAAUCAAAAUCUUGAAAUUUAAAGGUUUUUUGGCACGUUGAAUUUGGUGUAUAGUCUGUUUACAAUAGUUUACAAUAUAAUUUUCGAAUUUCGCGACUUUAGCCAAGCCUCGAAGCAGUCCAAUUCCCCAUUGCUGACCGUUUUCCUGGAGCAGCUGACCUUCACCGAUUCCGAGAACCGAAUUCAUCUCCCCGAAAGCGGAUACUCGGCCAUGGAUCGUCUGAAAUCCAUGGACUUGCUGCCCGUGCUCCGUCCCAACGUCCCCUGCCGGCUGGACUGGCAGAAUGCGGGCCUGGAGCGGCUCGGCGUCGAGUUCAUGAUGGCCGCCGCGCUUCGGUUCAACCCCAGAGUUCGGAACCUGAAAAUGGCGCUGUCCGCCAUCACUCGGAUCGAUCUCGCUGACAAUUCGUUGACGGACCUCCCCGAGGAGUUGUUUCAACUCAGCUCGUUGAAAAUUUUGAAUCUGGAUCAUAACAAAUUGGAGCAGAUUUCCAUGCCCAGAACCGAUUUUGCAUGCCCAUUUCUGGAAAGUUUGAGUGUCGAAGCCAACGAACUUGAUGAUUUGCCCUCAGAGGUGAGUGAAAGAAAAAUUUCUUGUCGUUAAAGUGGAGGUUUAGCUUAGAGGGGAAGAGUUAACACAAAUUUUUCAAAAUGGGUCAAGUGUUUCUCUCAUGGACAAACUAAAAUUUUCAGUGGAAAAUGAGCUAACGUCUUUUAGAACUGUUUAAUAUGAAAUUUCCAGUGAUAUGGCCGAGGGGAAGAGUUGACCCAAUUUUUAUAAAAAAAGGUCAAGUGUUUCCCUCGUUGAAGAAAUCUGUUUUUUCUGUUGUUUUUAACUCGAAUACACCAUAUAGAAGUCUUAUAGACACUAUGUGUGACAUUCAAUUUCAGCUCUUCUCUCCCAAGCACUUCCCAUCGCUGAAAUCGGCCAAUUUUUGCAAAAACAAACUCCGCCGAUUGCCCGGUUCGAUUUGGAAGCACCCCACCCUCAAUGAUCUCAAUUUGUCCGACAACCUCAUCUGCGACUUGUCCACACCAUCUCCGGAGCGAUCGCGGCGCGAGCCGCGACAACGAGCGACCCGAAAUCCGUACGUCGCGGCCUAUCAUUCGAGUCGAGCGUUGGUUGAAAGGAAAAAAGAAAGUGAACUGGAAAGGAGGAGGGAGAAACCGGCCGAAAUUCAGAAACAAAGCAGUGUUAAUGUUCAGAAAAAUGACGUCUUACGGUGAGAUUUUUUUUUAAUUUUUUGCACUGUGCAAAACAAAAUUUUUUUUUUUUUUUUUUUUUUGAGUUAUUUGACGUAUAUUAAAGUAAAAAAUUUUCUAAAAUUUCUAUGCGAUUUUUAGCGCAUGCUUUGCAAAAAUUAUGGCGAUUUUUGACAAAAAAAAAUUUUUUAUUUUUUUGCUUAAUUUUAAAACUUUCUGAUUUCAGCUCCAACAUCUGGCAAACCGAGCUGAACAUGGCAGUUGUGGAGGACGACGACCCCAAAGACGACCCCAACAAUUUGAAUUCCACCAACGCCCUGAGGUCGUUGAACUUGUCCGGGAAUAAAUUGCGCUCCGUCCCCGAAUGCCUCGCCUGUUUUUGUCCCCGAUUGACCAAGUUGGACCUCAGCCGGAACGAUCUGAGCUCGCUGAAAGCAGUGGAAUGCUUCCCGGCCACCCUGAAGACCCUGAACUUGGCCAACAAUCGAUUGGCCAUCAUGUUUCGAAGAGCGGAAGGGCAGGACUUGAGCUGUUUUGUGGAAAUGAUCGCUCCGAAUGAAAGAGUGGCCGCUGUGCAGACUGUGUCCGUGAAUCGGCAUUCCAGUAAGCGUUUUUGCGAAAUUUCAAAAAAAAUUUUCAAUAUAGAGAGAAAAAAUUUUUUAGGAAGCCGCUCGAAAUCGGUCGCCAGAAAUCAACAGCGCUCUCUGAGUAUAAUUCGAGCGAAUAAAGAGACGGAAAACACAAACCUAUGCUCCCACAAGGCCCACUGUCGAUUGGAAAAUCUCAAGUCCCUCAAUUUAUCGAACAAUAAAUUGGCCGAAUUCGAUUUGUUCAUCCCAUUUGAGGCAAGAACUCAAGGUUUGGACAUCAGUAAUUGGAGGGAUUCCAAUGAUCAGGUGGGGAUUUCGGAUCGUUGGAAAAAAUUUUUAUUUUUAAUUUUUUUUUUUUUUUUGAUCUUUUUAUUUUAUUUUUUUUUUACUUUUUUCAUCUUUUUAUUUUUUUCUAAUUUUUUUAUUUUUUAAAAUUUUUUUUGAAAAAACUUAAAAAUUUCUGGUAUGAAAAUUGUUUUUUUGAUUUUUUGCAAAAUAAAAAUUAAUAUUAUUUUUGAUUUUUUUGACAGAAGAAUUUUUUUAAUUUUCAUUUCUCGAUUUUUUUUUUUUUGAAAAUAUUUUUUUUCGAAAAAAUUUCAAAAUUCCAUAUAUGACUUGCUAUGUAUUUUUUAUGACUUUCUAUAUCCAAUUUUUCCAGUUCCGUCCCUACAUCAUCUUCCCGGCCCUCACGAACCUGGAUCUGUCCUCCAAUGACCUCAAAUCCCUCCCUCCAACCAUCUCCCUCCUCUCUCAACUGGCUGUCCUCAACUUGUCGCAGAACAAGAGCCUAGAAAGGUUGCCCGUUGAGCUCGGACUUUUGGAGAAAUUGUGGGGCGUUCAGUUGAAUGGGUGUGCCUUGAAGGAUCCGCUCAAGGGAAUCGUGGGCAAUGGGAACUUCAAAACAAUGGAUUUGAUCUCGUUUUUGAGACAUGAAUUGGACAAGUAAGGGUUAUAAAAAAAAUUUUUUUUUUGAAUUUUUUUUUUUUUUUUUUUUUUUGAGAGUUUGGGCUGAUCACUUUUUGGACAGAUUUUCGGCUAAAAAUCUUCAAAUUUUGACGUUUGUUAUCAUCUAAAAAUUAAGUUAAAAUAACUUUUUUGCAGCUCAAAACCUCAUCGAAAGCUCAAAUUGAUGUUCCUGGGCCGUUCCGAGGUCGGCAAGUCCGCGCUACUGUCGCAAAUGCGCGCCGAAGGGCAUGUGGCGAAAGUGUCGUUGAACUCGGAGAGCUGGGCCCACCGCAUGGGGCACGCGGCGUCCAAGUCGUUCAGCCGCACCUCGAUGCGCGACCAACGCCGCGCCCCGCUGGACGUGGGCGAGUGGAUGUACGAGCCGCCCAAAAGCUCCAAAACCCUCAAAUCCAACGGGCCUGUGACGCUGCGCACCUGGGACUUUGAGAAGUUGCAGAAGGAGUUCCAACAAGUGCCUCAGGCCUUCCUCUCGCGCCGCUCCAUCGUCCUGGUCGUGUGGAAGUUGACGGACGGCGAAAUCGCCAUCAACGAAAUCCACGACUGGCUCCUGGCCAUUCAAAGCCGCGCCCCCAAUGCCACCGUCAUCAUUGUGGGCACCCACCUCGACGCCGUCCAAGAGAACAUCCAACGAUUCCCCGACGAUUAUCUCCAAAACUUCGAGAAAACGCUCCAGCAGCGGUUUGUGAAUGUCCCGGACGCCGAUAAAAAGGGUCUGCCGAGGGUUGUGGCAUCGGUUUUUGUCUCCACCAAGAAUAGAAAUAAUGUCCAACAACUUUGCGAACUGGUGUAUUGCGCCUCUCAACAGGUAAUUUUGAGGUUUUUAGCGAUUUUUGGGAAAAUUUGAAAAAAAAAAUAAAAAAUUUUUGGCCAUUUUUUUGAAUUUUGGGAAAUAAUGACGCUUCUAAUUGAUCCUAUUUUUUUAUUUUUUUUUUUAUUUUAUUAUUUAUUUUUUUUUUGUUUCUAUUUUAGAUUUUUUUUUUAUUUUUUUGAUCUUUUUAUUUAUUUAUUUUUUGAUUUUUUUUAUUUUUCUAUUUUUGAAAAUAUUUUUUUCGAAAAAUUCAAAUUUUUUUAAACAAUUUUUUUUGCCGACUUUCGACCUAAAAAUAUUCUUUAUUUCUGAAAAUAUUUCUCUAAAUCUGAGCCAAAGUUUAUGGAAACCUUGCCGCUUCAUUUUCCAUCUAAAAAAACUAAAAUAAUCAAAAUUUUCAGAUCAAAACCUCUGGUCGGCGACAGAAACUGCUCGAAGAAAAAGUCCCAUCGUCAUUUUUGUACCUUGAGAAGUUGUUGGUAUCCAUGACAGACGAAUAUCGCGGACGCGCGGAAGAACCCAUAAUUAAAAUCGAUUCCUUAUGGACCCGAGUGUGCGACGAGUUCAAAAACAGUCGAAUUUCCGGCAGUCAAUCGACCGCUUCAUUGGUCUCAAUUGGCCCGCAAAAUAACGAAAAACAUGCAGGUAAUUUCGCGGCUGAGAUUUUUGCACCGUGCAGUAAGCUAAAACAGUCCGGUGAAUUGGUUGGCAAUUUGCCAAAAAAAAGACGCGGAAAAACGUUUUGUCGCGGAAGAAAUGGGGAAUUUUUGGGGCGAGAGAGUACGCUUUUGCGCGUCUUUUUUCUCUUUUUCUCUGGAAAUCAAGACGAAGUGUAAAAAACCGAUAGCGAAGAGUCUAUUCCGGUCGCCGGACUCCUCAAUUUGACGUGCGGUGCGAAAAAAAAAGUUUUGGAGACUGCACUGUGCAAAAUGGAUUUUGAGGAAGAAAAUGAAAGAAUCGCUGGCGACAAAAUUAUUUUCCCGCACAGUGCACGCGUAUUUUUUCCGGAGUUGGACGAUUGGGGAAACCGGAAAGUAUUAUUUUUCUUCGAUGCAAGUGUGAAAUUAGGAUAAUCGAGGAUGCUGAUUUCGAAAAUGACAUUCAUUUUUUUUAGGAUUUUUAAAAAUUUUUUUUCACAAAUACUCGAUUUAGGAGUUGUCGAUGGUGCUGAUUUCGAAAAUGACAUUCAUUUUUCGAUCUUUUCUUUUUUCCUAAGGUAGUACUAGUCCGUUCGUAAAGUCGCUGGAAUGUUUUCGGCGACAUGCACUCCGCGAAACCGAAAGUUCAGUUUGCACUGUGCAAUUUUUGGCCUUUUGCACAGUGCAAUAGGCUUUUUCGGGCUGUCGCCCGCACCCUGAGUUUUUUUUGCACAGUGCACGUCGCCGAAAUCAUUCCAGCGACUUUACGAACGGACUAGUACUGCAGUACAGUAUACUGUAAAGUAGUAAUUUUUUGAAUUUUCUUCACAAAUACUCCAUUUCGGGGGUUUCGAUGGUGCUGAGUUCGAUAAUCUUAUUAUUUUUUCUGACGAGGGAAGUACCCCAAGUGCGACGCUCAGAUUUUCUUUAAAUUUUGCCCACACGUCUGGGAUAGACUAAAUAUCAAUUCCUGAAAGUUUUAGCUCGCGCUUUGCAGGCGCCGCCGAGAUAUCGGACGAUUUAUGCCGCCGAGAGAGCACGCUAAACGUGGAGAGCGGUCAGAGAGAAAAACGCUUUUUGGCUAUAACUUUGUCAGUUUCGUGCGGAAAAAUUUGAUUUUUUGUAGAAACUUUAUCCUUUACGGUAGAAAUAGGCAUGAAACUUUUCGAGCGGAAAUUCGGCAAAAAGUCAUAAAUUUUCGCCGACUUUCGAUCUAAAAAUCUCGGUUGUUUCUGCAAAGCGCGAGCUAGGAUUCUCGCAUAUAUCUUAGAAAAAAAUAUUCUAAAUUUGUGCCGGGUUUCAUCAAAAUCUGAGCGUCGCACUUGGGGUACUUCCCCUGUGAGUUGAAAGCAACACCAUCGAAACCCAUCAGAGUAUUCAUGAAAAACAUUCACAAAAUUACUGCUUUACAGUACUACCUAAGGAAAAAAGUUAAGAUAAAAAAAAAUGAGUGCCAUUUUCGAAAUCAGCACCCUCGAUUAGCCUAAUUUCGACACUUGCAUCGAAGAAAAGUAAUACUUUUCGGUUUCCCCAAUCGUCUUUUCCCCUAAUCAUCCCAGCGAUUUUUAUUUGAAGUUCUCUUGCACUAUAAUCACGUUGGAAACAUUUGUCAACUGAUGCGUUUUUAGCGAUCACCCGCCGAUUAUUCCGCGACAAGACCGAAUUCCGUCAAGCGAUUCAAUUCCUGCACGAGAACGGAGUGAUCGUCGCUUUCGACGACACCCAACUCCGCGACUACGUCUUCAUCGACCCUCCCUGGCUCUACACCGUCCUCCGAAUGGCGUUCGUGGCGCCGUCGCAGAAGUCCACAACAAGCACGGCAUCGAUAAAUCCGGCCGGAAAUGCGAUCCUCUCCACCUCCGAACUCUUCCACCAACUGAAAGCGAAUCUGGCGGAACGGCGCAUCAAAUUUUCGAUGAAAUCCGGCCUCCUUCGCCACUGCCUGCUCCCGUUGUUGGCCAAAUUCGAGCUGGCGUUGCCCUAUUCCCCCAGGCAGCUGCUGGUCUCCCCGCUUUUGCCCGACGAGUACCUGCUACGGGCCGAUUAUCCGGGCGCAAAAGUCAAAAUCCGCGCCAAAAUCGACAAAUUUCUGAUGAAGACCAGCCUGAGCAGCAGCAUGGCGAACAGUGCGAUCGAAUUUUUGUCUCCCAAAAAUUCGGCCCGCACCGUGCAUGGCCGAUUGACGAGACAGUUGGGCUAUAAAGCAGCCGCUUCCAGUCGAAUCGCCUCGUCCACGGCGUCGGUGGAUGAAAAAACGGAGGAUUUGAAAAGUUUUGGCGAAAUGAAAAUCGAAACUACUCAAACCGUAAGUUGGAAAAAAAAAAAUUUUUUAAUUUUUUUUUUUUUUUUUUUUUUUUUUUUUAUUUUGAUCUAAUUUCGAGUGAAUUUUUGGAUUUUUUUUUAAAAUCUGGCAAAAAUUUUUUAUGAAAAAAAAAUUUUUUUUUAAUUUUUUUCUGAAAUUUUGAUCUAAUUUCAAGUGAAAUUUUGGAUUUUUGUUUGGUAAAAAAAUUUUUUUUUUAAUCUGGAAAAUUUUUUUGUCAAAAAAAUUUCAUUUUCUCAUAUUUUAGGACGUUUAUCGCCGUCUCUACCUACUACAAUAUAUCCCGCCCGGAUUUUGGCCCCGUCUCACAACCCGCCUCCUCAAUGACGACAAGCUUGCCCAAAUUAUCAGCGGACUUUUCGUCCUCAACGACGAAUCCCUCAGCCUCUCCCUCCCGAAUGAAUGCGCUCUGUACGCCGACAUAAUGGACGCGCUGAAUACGGAUAAAGGCGGGGAAAAUCGCGGAGGAUUCGACUUCUUGCUCUGGCAAACUGGUGUUGAGACCAACUUUUUUGGCCAGUUCUUGAUGUCCAUCAAGCAAUUUUUGCCGUUGGCCAAUGUUCGCGACACAAAUUACUCGGUUUCGGCGUUGAAGGCCCGGGGCGAGGAUGGGAUCUGGAGAAAGGUGAACCUGGAAAGCGAUUUUUUACUCGAAUUACUGGUCCCGUUUUAUAAAGUAAGAGUUUUUUGAGUUUGAACAUCCAAAAAAUUUUUUUGCACUGUGCAAAAAUAUGAAAAUUUGCACGGUGCAAGAAAAUCAAAAAUUUGCACAGUGCGAAAUUCAAAAAAUUUGCACUGUGCAAAAAAGUUUUUGAUUAAAAUUUGAUUUGUGCACAGUGCAAAAAUAAAAAAAAUUUGCACCGUGCGAAAAAUCAAAAAUCUGCACGGUGCGAAAUUCAAAAAUUCGCAGUGUGCAAAAAAUUUUAUGCUUCAAAUUUGAACCGUGCGACAAAGUUUAGAUUCAGCACAGUGCAAAAAUAAAAAAGUUUGCACGGUGCAAAAAAUAAUUUUUGUCGCCGGCAAACCCAACAUGAAACCCAGUUCUUCAGUUUUUAAUUUUUUGCACUGUGCAAAAAAAAGUCCUUUUCCUUCUGCACAGUGCAAUCUUCAAAAAUUGAUUUCGCACUGUGCGAACGGAUUUUUUUAUUUUUUGCUGCACUGUGCAACGAUUUUCAGAUAUACAGUGACCUGAUCCAGUGGCAAAAAACGUACCAUUUUGCAUCCGGGAAGCAUCAAAAAUGUGGCAAAAUGCUUCCCUCUCCAAGAGAAAAAACUUUGUUUUGAAGGGCGCGCCCUUUCCCUCACAAGAAGAGCGAGCGCGCUUUUGAAAUCGGAGUUUUUUAACUUGGAAAGGGAAGCAUUUUGCCACAUUUUUGAUACUUCCCGUAUGCAAAAUGGUACGUUUUUUGCCACUGGAUCAUGUCCCCCAAUGUAAAAAUGAUUCGCUCAAUUUCAGGUGGAUUUGAAUUGGAAAGGCGUUGAUUAUUCGAUAAAGACUUGUCCAAAACAGGCCACCAAAUUCUUGGCCUCUCUCGUCGAAAUCAUUGACGACCUUCUGGAGGAUUGGUUUCCAUCGUUGGGCACUCGAUUCGUUCAUUCGUCGGAUGGUCAGCUUUUGGUGGAUCGCCUGAUUCCGUGUGCGGAAUGCGCGAGCGCUCAAUCCAUGGCGGAAAAGCAAUGGAGAAGGUGCGGCUUUGCUGAUUUCAAGGGGAAUUUUUCAAAAUUAUAUCGAAAAAUCAAUACAUCAUUAUUUUAAAUAUCUUUCAAAUUGAUUGUUGAUUAAUUUCAGAGACCGCAAGACCUCGGACCCCGAAGAAAAAACACCAAUUCAUCUGUUUUCGGUGGAAGAAUGCAUUCUCGCCGUCUACGACGAAAAGAACGCCCAGUUCGACUUGGCCAAACAUCUUCGGCCCGCCGCCCCAACCCACAUCGACUGUCCAUUGCAUGGCCGCUGUGAUCUGGAGAAACUGGCGCCCGACGUUUGCUUCGUCGACCUGAAUCCGGACAUUGUACAUGAGGUGUCGGCGGUGAAAAGAGGCAAAUUGCUGGGCCAAGGCGCGUUCGGCUCGGUGUAUUCGGGCUUUGUGAAGUCGAAUUAUGUAAGUGGGGAUAAUUAGGAUAUUUUGGAUUGAAUUUUUGAUGAGUUUUGAAACGGAAUGCCAAAAAAUCGCGGGAAGUUUGAUUUUUUUUUAAAAGCUCUAUAAAAGUUUAGCUUUGAAUUUUUUUCACUGUUUAUUUUAUUUUCAGAGUGAAGUUUUCGAAGAAGUUGCCCUAAAAAUCCUCGAACCGACCUCCGACGACCCAAACCAACGGCUCCGGGUCCCCUCGAACCAAGCGGAUCGCCUCGAAUCGGUCGCCAAAUUUUAUUAUGUCGCGCGACAAGAGCUGAACAUGCUCUGCGAUCUCCAGCACCCCCAUAUCACGCUUCUGGUCGGCUUCUCCCGACCUCCGAUCACUUUAUUAAUGGAGCUGGCACCGCACGGUGCGCUCGACCAACUCCUCGGGAAAUACCGAAAAAGUGACGUCAGAUUGGCGCCGGAGACUCUGCAAUUGACUUGUGCGCAAAUCUCGAAAGCCUUGGAGUUCCUGCACUCGAAUCACAUCAUCUACCGCGACCUGAAGGCCGAAAACGUUCUGGUCUGGCGAUUCCCGUUGCCUCGGCAAAAAAUCUCCCCCAACAACGUGCAUGUGAAGCUCGGAGACUACGGAAUCAGCCGCUUCAGCUACCCGCUGGACGUGUGCAAGGGCUACGGCGGCACCGAAGGCUUCAUGGCGCCGGAGAUCCUCAAAUUCAACGGCGAAUUCGAGUACACGGAGAAGGUGGACUGCUACUCGUUCGGGAUGUUCGUCUACGAACUGAUCACCCUCCACCAUCCCUACGACGGCCACGAGCAGAUGAAGGACUGCAUCUUCGAGGGGCAGCGGCCCAUGCUCAACGAAAAGGACAUUCUCUGCCCGUCCAACGUCCUCGAUUUGAUGGUCACGUGUUGGGCGGACGACUCGGCCGCUCGCCCUUCAUCGUCGGACCUGGUCACCAUCACAACCGCACCCGAAUUCACGCACCUGGCCGACGUCGCCACCCUCCAGGACCACGAAAUGACCACCCUCUGCACGCUGAUCUCCGCCACCGACGAGUGCACCGUGCAGCUGUGGUUGGCGAAGGAGGACGGCGACUGCACGGUGAUGUCGCUGAACCAGUUCGGGUUCAUCGAGAACGAGACAAUUGGCCCGUUCCGCAGCAAACAAGUCACCGCCCUCGCCGAGGUGGGCCGCUUCGUCUGGAUCGGGAAUGCCAGCGGCGAUAUUACCGUAUACUCGCCGAAAAGUUACUCGGAACAGGCCAGCUUUCAAAUCGAUUCGAUUGAUCCGUCGCUGACCAAAAUCUCGACGAUUCGGUCCAUAAAAUACUGCCCAAUAAACAGCUCGGUCCUCAUUUGUCUGCCCCAACAUGUCCUUUUGUGUGCGUGUCCGGGCACCCUACCACAACAUUUGUGCACCAUAAAGUCGGAUGAGAUCCUGCACACGGCCAUCUUGCUCCAAAACUCCUCCGACUGGCAGAUCUGGACCGCCCACGAUGAUGCGAGAAUUGUAACGCAUUAUGUGGUGAAAUCGACCAGUCGAUUAUUGUAUUCCGCAUCCUCACAUCAUCCAAACGCCAGUGGCAAUGAAACCCCCACCGCGCCCAGAGUCAAGUUCCUGAUUCCCAGCUGCAGACAACGAAAUGCGGUGUUCAGCGCGCUCGAAAACGACGGCCGUGUCUUCCAAUGGGAGAACGGCACAGUACGGCGCACCCUGGAUUGCUCGCGAAUCCUACCGGUCUCCGAGAGCCUCAGCUCGAUGUUCGACGAAGAACAGAGCCAGCGAUGCAAGGUGACCGCCAUGGAAUGUCAGCCAACUCAAGCCGCCGAGAAUUUACUUGUCGGCACUCAAAAUGGAGUACUUAUUAUCCUGGAAGCACAAGACCUGACCCCCCUCACCUCCUUCAGAACCUACGAAUGGGCGGUGGAGACGAUCCUGGCACCGACGACUCUGGGAUGGAUGAAACAUGAGGAGUUCCAGAAAAUGGAUCAGCAAAACUUCUUUGUGACGAUCGGCAAAAAGUAUAGGUGCGUCUGAGCGUACUCACAAGGGAACUAGGACGAUUGGGGAAACCGAAAAGUAUUAUUUUUCUUCGAUGCAAGUGUCGAAAUUAGAAUAAUUGAUGGUGCUGAUUUCGAAAAUCUUAUUAUUAUUUUUUUGAUUUGAAAGCAGUACCACACGUCAAAAUAAAAGUGAAAAAACAAAGAACCUCGGAUCAUUGAUUUUUGACGAAAUGUCGCUGAAUUAUCGAGUCACAAAAGAAAACUUUCCCAGAGAAUUUCGAGAAAAAUGUUUUUUCGAAGAGGAAAACAAUUUUUCAGGCUCGAUAAUUCUGUGGCACUUCGCAAAAAAUCAAUGAUCCGAGAUUCCUUGUUUUUUCAAUUUUCUGAAAGAAUUGUUUUGACGUGUACCAUCGAAAACCUUCAACUCGAGUAUUCGCGAUUAAAUUCAAAAAAUUCGAUCGUCCAACUCCGAAUUAUUCGAAAUUAGUACUAAUUUUCAUCAAAAUCUGAGCGUCGCACUUGGAGCACUUCCCCUGUUAACAUACCGUUCUUUUUCCAAAUUUGAAUCCAUUGUUUUCAGAAACCUCAUCAAACGCCUGGCUCCGAAUGUGAAUGAGAAUGUUCCUGAGGCCUCCGCAGAGGAAAACAAUCACAAUACAAACUUUGCCAUUGUAUGGCAAGGCGAAAAUUGGGGUUAA